AUGGAAAAAAAUACUACUGGCGGUGUUAUGGCUCGUGUUGUGAAGAUUCUUGGCCGUACUGGAAGUCAGGGACAAUGUACACAAGUUCGAGUUGAAAUUAUUGAUACCUCGACAUCAAAACGAUCAAUUAUUCGUAACGUCAAGGGUCCAGUACGUGUUGAUGAUGUGCUCGUGCUUCUUGAGUCUGAACGUGAAGCUCGUCGACUUCGGUAA